AUUCAUAAUCUCGCACAGACAUGAAUAUGUACUAUUAUAUAUGCCUACAUACACAUUUGAAAUACAUGUUCGAUGUAUCAUCCUUUUGGAUUAGUCUUUGACCGUCUGCCAUUCACAUUGAACCUUCAUAUUUUGAUUCAUAAUAGUACAUAUUCAUGUACUAUGCACGGGCCAAAGGCUUGUGAUUACGGGAGAAACCCCCCAGCAACAGGCCGAAAAGCGGCGUAUAUAAACGCCGUGAAAAGAGAACGAGCGGGUUCAUUAAUAAUUACUACAGCGACGAAUCUAUGUCGCUCGUCGUAACACAAAAUUGUACUUAAUCAUUUGCGACACUUAUCUAUUCGGGUUUAAUAACUGAGAACUGUACCUAUUGUUGGAGCAAACAUAUCUUUUUAUAACUACUCUUGGCGUUACCUCUCCGGAACCUGAUCCCGAGGAAUUAUCGGCAGCGAUCCCGUACCGUGUCCGGAGACCAGGGGCACGACAAUAUAAAAUAAUAUUAAUAUUAAUUAAUAAUAAUGAAAUAAAAUUAUUACUGUUAUUAUAUACUAUUAUUGAUGUUAACAUUAAUAAUAUUAAUAUAAUAUUAAUAUUUUUACAUAAAAUAUGCAGAAUAUCAAAUAAGAAUAUUUCUAAUUUGAGAUACCACAAAAUUGAUGUAGUUAUCAAUUAUAUUCGCUUAGCUUUAUAGAAUGCAUGCUGUACUUAUUUAUUACUUAUCGUUUCAUAUAAAAGUGGAAUUUCAGUAUAUUAGCAAUAAUUGUCAUUUUUCUACAGUUUGUUGAUUACAUUUCAAUCUUGCGACAGAGAUUGAAUUGUUGCAAAAAUUAAGGUCAAUAACUACGGAAAUGUUCAAAGUACACUAUAGAUAUCGUUAGAACGCUGAUCUAAAAUGCUGCCGCUUUGCGAGCGCUAUCUUAUUCUGUGACAUCGUUUAGUCGUGUACUAUUGAUCGCUGGAUGUGUUUUUGUGAGUAUGUAUUGACAUUUUAAAAAUAUCUAUUAAUAGUUAAAAAUUAUACUACAUUUAUAAUUUUACUUUCAUAAUUUUUUAAAAAUUAAUAAUGAUAUAAAUUUUUAUCUGUCACAUUUUUUUAUAGUUCAUAUGAUUCAUAAUAGUACAUAUUUAUGUCUGUUAUGUCUAGCGAUGUCUAGCGAGAUUAUAAAUUACAUAUUAUGUUCUUUAUUAAUUGGCAUCGUCAUCUUCUAUCGGGAAGUUGCGAACGAAACGCAUGAAAAAUGGAGCGCGAUAACGGGAAUAAUGCAUACAUAUCGAGAGGUUUUUAAUUGUUUCUGAAAAAUGCUUUGUCGAAACAUAACUUCAUCAUAUACCGUUAAAUUUAUUAAAAAAUGACCUUUUAUUUAAUGAUAAAAAAAUUUUAAAAUUUCGAAAAAAAUUUAUUGAGUAGUAGGGGUAUUUUAAAAAAUUAAAACAAUUAAAAAAUUUUUUUUAUUUUGUUUUGUAGUACUUUUAAAGCCCUUCAACUUUUAUUUUAACAAUUUUUUUCUAUCUUGUUUAGUUCCGCAGAUAUUUGCCCCGAAACAGAAAGUCCGAUUUUUUUCUAAGGGAUGUUUCACCCUCUAAAAGUGCGUAUGGGCACUUAUAAAAAAUACGUGUCUCUUAUUUUUGUCUAGAAAAUAACAUAUUAAAAGCUCAUUAAGAUUGGAGGGAAACACUUCAGAGCCUUUCCUUGUUAAUGUACUUAUGUUAGAAUAAAGUCUUUUCAUAUAGUUUUUAAGUAAUUACAUUGGUUGUUUAAUUUCAAAAAUCACCCCCAGAUUUCUACUCCCUAAUCAAAGAUUGCACCAGGUCCAAUCCUGAGUUAAAGUGAUUCAAUUCACUGACUCAAAACUUGGAUCACGAGCGCAUGGCCCAGAAACAGGGUUAUAGCGGAUUUAAAGAGCACGUUGACCCAUAUUCUACGUCGCAAAGGUGCGUUCGACCCGAGGCACCUACCCUCUUUUUAUUUACGUCGGAAUUGUGUAAGUUUCGUUACGUCUUUCCUUGCCUUACCUGCGUUGCUCCGAAGUAUCCCUCCACCAUUUGUAACAAAUUAAAUCUCUUAAGGUUGGACGUAAUAAUAUAAUGUAAUUUAUUUCAGUUAUUCAUUUUUUAAUGUAAAUUUCUUGAAUUUUCUUAAAAUUUAUCUUAAUUUAUUACUGUUUUAUUACUGAUUUAUAAAGCUACAUUAUUUAUUAUUGCAACAUAGUCUAGAAAAAACAUGGAUGUAUAUAAAACAAAUGUAUCAUGCACUUUUUAUUUACAGUUUAUUUGUCUUUCUUAACGGAAAGUGUAAAUGCGAUUAUGAUAAUCAUUAUGGAUAAAACUUUUUAAUUAAAUUUAUUAAUUUAAUAUGUGCUAAAUUUAGUAUAUUAUUUCAAGAGAUUGUGGUUUUCCUUUCUAAUAUGUUAUAAACUUUUAUUUAAUUAUUGUUUACAUAUUUAUUUAUUAUUUUAGUGUGUGUCAAGAGCUUGAGAUUAAUUUUUCUUUUCAAAAUAUUCUAAAGCUUCAUAUUUGUGAAUGCCAAAUUAUAUUUGUCAUUAAACAAAAAAUGUCUUUAUUUAUGUUUAAUUUAAAAAAAACUUUAUUUCAGGUUGAUUAUUUCAUUUAUUUAGGUGGAUUUAAUCAUAUAGAUUGUGCUGAAAUAUAUUUCAAAUGUGCUUUUGAAAAAGUUGAAAAGACUACAUUGGAAGUGACUUGGCAUGGUACAAAAGAUUUUAAAACUUUAGAAACUACUCGCUUUGCACAUGCUUGUGAAGACUGUAAUCUAAUAUUUCGGCCGCCGCUCACACCGAGUAUAAAAGGAGAACAAGAGCGGAGAAGAGCACCUUUUGUCCGCAAGCCCGCAUCGAGUCCGCUCGAUACGAUUUGCUCCCUGCAAUCCGGCAAAAGCAGGGGUCUGAGACUUCUUGGCCUCAGUCAGGUAUUUCCCGACCGCCGGCUCCCGAAAUCAUCUCCUGUACAAGUACACCUAAAAACCGGGAUGAGGACUUCUCUGCCUCGGCCGGGAUAUACCGGCUAAAAGCGUACGCGUACCAGCUCCCCAAACCACUGCAGCUACAAGGGUGUGGGCCCUCCCGCCUCGGCCAGGUUUUUUCCCGGCUAGCCGCAGCUUAUAUCAAAUUCCAACAUCACUCCCUAGAACCAUUGUACGAAACACUCGCGAAAACUUAAGCAGAAGUUGGGAAAAGCCCGGCCGUUCUUUCCCUCACUCCGCACACCGUUCAGUUGCACCUACAAAUCGCAAACAGCUGAUCGGCGCACCGAAGGCUGCACGUUCAAGCGCACGGGACGGAAAGCGAAGUAUCGCGGAAACGGCGAUAACCAGCCGAAACAACUGUAUGGCAUUUUUACAAAUCAAAUAAAACGAUUUAUAUUAUUAAUUACAAUCUAAACUGUGUUUCCGGAUUUGUCUCCCUCCCUGGUUCC